CACGAGUUAAAGACUAGUUAGGCAUUACUUGUUGAAAAAUGGGAAAUGGCGGGAGCUAAUUCAGUGUAAAAAAACUUCGACACUAGCAACUUUCCGAUUUCACAAAAAUUGCAUAGCAAGUUUCACACACCUCUAAAUUAAGCGUUACACCACUCUCUCUUUCUCUCUCCUCCUUCGUCUUCCUUCAACCGUAAUUCCGGCGAAACAACCACCACUUCAGUCAUGGACGACGCUGCCGCAGCCGCAGCAGCAGCAGCCGCCGCCACUUCCGAAGCAUCAGUUCGUCGCUCGAAACGAGCUAGGGCUGGGAAAUUUAAUCGAGAACCUAUUGUUGAGCAAAGUCCUACUGAUCCCGAUGUUGAUGAUUCUUUCGACGAUUUUGAGGAGGUUCGCCCUAAAGCUAAGCGGAAUCGCGCUGUUGAGGCUUCUGCCAGUGUUGAUUUUGAACAGAUUAGCUUGAUUGAGGCCAUCAAAGGGAGCAGGAAAAAUAUACCUCCAGUGGUCAAGAUUUGGGUUGAGCGUUAUGAAAAGGAUCCUAAACCAGCAACUGUAGACCUUUUGAAUAUGUUGUUUGAGUCAUGUGGUGCAAAGUAUUGCAUAGAAGGUGACCCGUUUGAGGAGACUGAUGUUGACAAUGUAGUGCUUGAUUUGGUCAAUCUUGCGAGAAAGGGUGAAGUUGAGGAUUACCAAAGUUCAAAAAGAAAGGACUUCAACAACUUAAAAGAUAACCUUGUUUACUUUUGGGACAAUUUGAUCAUUGAAUGUCAGAGUGGACCAUUAUUCGAUGGUGUUUUGUUUGAAAAGUGCACAGAUUAUGUGAUUGCUCUAUCAUGUACCCCGCCUCGAAUUUAUCGCCAAGUGGCUUCUUUGGUUGGCCUUCAGCUUGUCACAUCAUUCAUCACCAUUGCGAAAAUGCUCGGAUCACAGCGUGAAACCACUCAGAGGCAGCUAAAUGCUGAAAACAAGAAAAGAGCAGAAGGCCCUCGAGCAGAAUCUCUCAAUAAGAGAUUGAUGACUACACAUGAAAAGAUAACUGCAAUAGAAGAGAUGAUGGACAAGAUAUUUAAAGGGCUAUUUAUGCAUCGAUAUCGUGACAUUGAUCCCAAUAUCCGAGUGUCCUGCAUACAGUCUUUGGGUGUCUGGAUAUUGUCUUAUCCGUCGCUGUUCCUGCAGGAUAGAUAUCUGAAGUAUCUUGGAUGGACGUUGAAUGACAAGAGUGCUGGUGUGAGAAAAGCUUCUGUUAUUGCGUUGCAAAGCCUGUAUGAAGUGGAUGAUAAUGUUCCAUCCCUGGAUCUCUUCACCCAAAGAUUCUCCAAUAGGAUGAUCGAAUUGGCUGAUGACAUUGAUGUCUCUGUCGCCGUGUGUGCCAUAGGACUUGUUAAACAAUUGCUGAGGCAUCAGCUUUUACUGGACGAUCACUUGGGUCCUUUGUAUGAUCUGCUUGUUGUUGAGCCCCCAGAAAUUAGGCGUGCUAUAGGGGAGCUGGUCUAUGAUCACUUGAUUGCACAAAAAUUUAACAGUUCGCAGUCUCAUCCAAAAGAUAGCGAGUCUUCUUUAGUUACUCUUAGUAGAAUGUUACAAAUACUGAGAGAAUUCUCAAGUGAUCCUAUUCUAAUAACUUAUGUCAUUGAUGAUGUCUGGGAGUACAUGCCGGCCAUGAAAGAUUGGAAGUGCAUAAUUUCUGCACUACUGGAUGAAAAUCCGUCAAUUGAGCUUACUGAAAUUGAUGCGACAAAUUUGAUCCGGCUCCUUUGUGCAUCUGUCAAGAAGGCUGUUGGGGAGAGGAUUGUACCUGCAACUGAUAAUCGGAAACAAUACUAUACCAAGGCUCAAAAGGAAGUUUUUGUAACCAAUAAGCGGGAAGUAACUGUAGUGAUGAUGAAAAACUACCCCCAGCUUCUGCGGAAAUACGUGGUGGACAAGGCAAAAGCCCCAUCGUUGAUUGAAAUUGUUCUGUAUAUGGAUCUUGAGCUUUAUUCUCUGAAGAGACAGGAACAGAAUUUCAAGACUGUACUUCAGCUGAUGAAGGAGGCAUUUUUUAAACAUGGAGAUAAAGACACACUUAGGUCUUGCAUUAAGGCUAUGAACUUUUGUUCAGUGGAGAGUAAGGGAGAGCUGCAAGAAUUUGCAAACAAUAAACUAAAGGAACUUGAAGAUGAGCUUGUGGAAAAACUCAAGACUGCUAUGAAAGAAGUGGAGGAUGGUGAUGAUGAAUAUCCUCUUCUUGUGAACUUAAAAAGGCUUUACGAGCUUCAAUUGUCGAGAUCUGUUACUAUUGAUAACUUGUAUGAAGAGUUUGCCUCCAUGCUUGAUAAUUUCAGAAAUGUAGACGAGGAGGUGAACUGUUUUCUGCUGCUUAAUAUGUUUCUUCACAUAAAUUGGUGUCUCUACUCUGCUGUGAGCUCUGAAUCUGUUAAUGAGGCGUCUGUUAAGUCUUUACUCUCUAAACGUGCUACUUUAUUAAAGCAAGUAGAGUAUAUUCUUCUGCCUUCUCAAGUUGGAGCCGAAAUGAAGCUAGGAAAUCAGCUUGCUUGCAGAGUUUGUACAAUACUUGCUGAGCUCUGGUGCUUAUUCAGAAAAUCUAGAUUCUCUUCUACUGCCCUGGAAAGUCUGGGAUUUCAGCCACAGCAGUCUACUCUUGAGAAAUUUUGGAAACUUUGUGAACAGCAGCUUGAUGUAUCGAAUGAGACUGAAGAUGAAGAUGUUAACAGAGAGUAUGUGGAAGAGACAACUCGAGAUGCCGUUGUUAUUGCUGCUGGGAAGUUGGUUACUAGCGAUGUGGUUUCCAUGGAGUACCUUGCUCCCGAGAUUAUUUCUCAUUUUGUAAUGCAUGGGAGCAACAUAGCUGAGGUGGUUAAGCAGCUAAUAGCUGUUCUAAGGAAAAAAGAUGAGAAUAUCUUUGGUAUAUAUCUCGAAGCACUAAAAAGGGCACAUCAUAGGCAUAUGCUCCAACUUUCUAAAAGUGAUGAUAAAUCAUCUGCGAACAAGUCCUUUCUUGAUUGCAAAGAACUUGCUCUUCAGCUAUCAGGAACAAUCGUGGGUGCUGCCAGAAGUAAGCAUAGAUUGGAAAUUCUGAAAAUUGUGAAGGAUGGUGUAGAUUAUGCUUUUGCAGAUCCACCUCAGCGGCUGUCUUUCUUAGUUGGUGCUGUUAUCCCCUUUGUUGAGAAACUUCCACCCACAGAUCUCCCUGACAUCUUAAGAAACAUCCAAGGACGAACAGAGAAUAUAAAAACAGAUGAGGAUCCUAGUGGUUGGCGACCCUAUCAUCAAUUUGUUGAGACCCUGCAGGAAAAAUGUGCAAAGAUGGAAAGUUUUGCAGGUGCUGAAGAGAAAGAAGCAGCCUCUUUAAGACGUCAAGGCCGACCACCCAAGCAGCGUAAUCUCCAGGGGAAAAAGUUAUUUGAUGAGCAGAGUUCAAGUGGGGAAGAGGAUGGAAUUAGUUCAUCAGACCAGGAAGCUCCUAAUGAGGAAGAUGAGCAGGAUGAAGUAGACGAGGAUGCUACUUUAAUUGAUGUCAUCAAGUCAUCAUCAAAGUUUCGGUCCAAGAAACUUUCUAGACCUGAGGACAGGUUGUAGUUGGAGAUUUGGACAAACACAUAAUUUAACAGCUUCUUAAAUGUCAGGGUCAUUGAGCAAUUGAACUAGGGAUUGAGCAAAUUGCAAGUUUGCAACUGAUGCCUGAGACCUAUCAUCUCCUAUGUUAAUUCAGGUUGUCUUUCUCGGAGUAGCCUGUUUGAUUCUGUAAAUGUAUAAGUUAGCUAGGGUUUGUCUCGUCAAAGUGGGCAACUCCAUUUUAUGCCUGUAUAGAGGAAUUUAUAUGCCAGUUAAAUGCUUUUCUUCAUGCCUUGUGUAGAGAGAUAAAUUUUAACAGUAUUCAGGAAUAUAGAAUGAUGUACAUACAGGCAUGUACUCAUACAGAUCUCCUGAUAAGGUGGAUUUAAUUAUUUCAUUUUUGUCUA